ACGGACAACCAAACACACAAAACCGACUGAACGGAAGAUCGCGAACUCGCUUUAACUCAUAAAUUGUUACGUUUUAACAAAAGUAUCAGUCAUGUCGGUGAAUUACGCCGCAGGACUGUCUCCGUAUGCGGAUAAAGGCAUCUGCGGCCUGCCGGAGACAUUCGACAGUCCAGAGGAGCUGAAGAGUAAAGUGGAGACUCUGGCCCAGUGGAUCAGAGAGUCGCAGUACAUGGUGGUUCAUUCAGGAGCUGGAAUCAGCACGUCUACAGGCAUCCCCGACUUCAGAGGUCCUAAUGGUGUGUGGACGAUGGAAGAGAGAGGAGAGGCUCCACACUUUAACACCACAUUUGAGGACGCUCGACCCAGCCUGACUCACAUGGCUCUGCUGCAGAUGCAGAGGACAGGACGCCUCAAAUACCUCAUCAGCCAGAAUGUUGACGGCCUUCACGUGCGCUCUGGCUUUCCCAGGGAUCGAUUGUCAGAGCUGCAUGGAAACAUGUUUGUUGAAGAAUGUGAGAAGUGUGGCAAGCAAUACGUUCGGGACACUGUGAUCGGAGUGAUGGGACUGAAGCCAACCGGUAGAUACUGCGACGUCAUGCGCUCCAGAGGACUACGAUCCUGCAGAGGGAAGCUGAUCAGCUCUAUAUUGGACUGGGAGGACUCUCUGCCCGACAGAGACCUGAACAGAGCUGAUGAGGCGAGCAGGCGAGCUGAUCUGGCUUUGACACUGGGGACGUCUCUUCAGAUUAAACCCAGUGGAGAUCUGCCUCUUCUGACCAAACGGACAGGAGGAAAACUGGUUAUAGUUAACCUUCAGCCUACCAAGCAUGACAAACACGCCCACCUGCGUAUCUACGGUUACGUCGAUGAUGUCAUGGGUCAGCUCAUGAAGCUGCUGGGAUUGGACGUUCCAGAGUGGGCGGGGCCAACGCUGUGCGAAGGUUCAGGCGGAGAUCUGGACAUCCUGCCAUACGGAGCCUGGAAGAAGGAAGUGAAGAUCGAGCUGAAGAUUGAGGAGAAUAAACCCACCGUCCCAAAGAAACGCAAGAGGAAAGAGCAGGAUGCUGACGAUGACGUCAAGAAUGGUGUCAAAGUAGAAGGAGAGAUAAAGGAAGAGCGAAAGGAAAGUGAUUCGCACGUGCGCACACACACUCAACAGACCUCUUUAUAGAGCUGGAUCACACAGACACUGAACGUCAGACUCGAUAUAUCCACUGUGUUUACAUUAUAACGCCUGUCAGAUGCUGAAUUUGUGCAAGUACACCGAGUAGGAGGAGGAAGUGAUGUCUUAGCUGAGCUUUUAGGUUGCCGUUUGACCUCUGCAGUUAUUCUGGAUGGAGAUGAAUCAUGGUUUUGUACUGUCAUGUCUCUUCUAGCCUCAAUUAAAUCAGGUUUGUAAAAACAA